AGAGGGGCCCGUGCUUUUCUGUGCGGCGUGGGCCAGUGGUCGAGGUGGGCAGCAGAGCAGGUUCUGGCCCCCGGGGAGAUGGAUUUGUGGGGCAGGAGCUGGAGACGGGUCGUCCCGGAAGCAGGGGGCAAGCGGCCCUCGCCCCCCAACCGGUCCCGAGUGAAUGGCUGGUCGAGGCCCCUGCACUCCUUCCAGGCGGUGGCCUGGGUCACGGUCCUCAUCAUGGCCGUCGCCAGCUUUGGCGUCUUCAUCCCCUUCCUGCCGCGGGACUGGAAGGACGUCGCCUACGGUGUGACCGGCGGGCUCUUCCUUCUGCACCUCUCCGUCCACCUGCUCGCAGUUUCCAUCGACCCGGCCGAGCCCAACGUCCGGCGCAAGAAGAACUACUCGGAGCCUAUGCCCACCUUCGACCGGUCCAAACAUGCACAUGUGAUCCAGGACCAGUACUGCCACCUGUGUGAGGUCACCGUGAGCCCGAGGGCCAAGCACUGCAGCGCGUGCAACAAGUGCGUCUCAGGCUUCGACCACCACUGCAAGUGGCUUAACAACUGUGUCGGGGGCAGGAACUACUGGUACUUCUUCCUCUCCGUGGCCUCCGCCUUGGCCGGGCUGCUCUGCCUCACGGCCGUCCUGCUCUACGUCUCCAUCCAGUUCUUCAUUGACCCGGCGGAGCUCCGCACGCACCCCUGCUACAAAAAGGUCUCCGACAAGAACACCUGGCUGCUGUUCCUCCCUCUUUUCCCUGUAAAGGUGAAGACUCCCGUGGUCCUGGGCAUUGGGGUGUUGGUGCUGCUGUUGGACGUCAUCAGCCUCCUGCUGCUGGGGCACCUGCUUGUCUUCCAUCUGUAUCUAAUGGCCAAGAAGCUGAGCACGUUUGACUACAUGACACAGGGCCGCCAGCAACAGACUCCAAGAGCUGCAGCAGAGAAGGAAGAGCUGUCCGGUCAAACGAGACUCCCGCAGUGCGCAGACCGCGGCCAGAGCCCAUCCGCACAGAGGCACGUGGUACACUCGCCAGAGUCGUUUGAUGUGUGUGAAUGUGGGCUUCCUGCUCUUCGUAACUCAAAUGACUUUGGAAGAGUUACGUCCAAGGAGCUCCUGCUGUCGGAUACGCUCUCCCGUCAGCUGUCCAGUACCGUGUUCCCAGAGAACUUGGGGCCAACGGUGUCAGAGGGUCCGCCGCGAGACCCGAGGCCGCCUGAGCGGGAGGAAGGAACCCCGGAGCCCACGCAGGAGCCCACACCGGCCGAUGGCUCUACCCAGCAGCCCCCUUCGUUGGAGACCCCAGCCUGGAAGUCAGACCUGCAGAACCUCAUACUCUCGUACUCGCUGCUGUGCGGCGGCCCAAAUCUGCUGGCCUGGGGGGACAUCCGCCCAGGGAGCCCCCAGGCCCAGGGUGGCAUGGCCGCCAUGUCCACCGAUGAGCGGGGAGCGGGCCCAUGCCAUCUCCAGGAUCGCCAGUCUCUGGAGAGGACACCGGAUGUGGCAGAGGCCAGCACCGCGCCAUCCAGCCCGGCGGAGGGCCUGUCCGCGGCUCAGGGAGAGGCUGGGUUCUCCCCGCGUCCCCCUGGGGAAGCCCGAGAUCAUGGCACCUGACCGCCUGGCAGGUCUCACUGCUGCACUCAGAGAGCACAUCCUCUGAGGUCCCGAAGGUCCCGGAGUAUCCCCUUGUCCACGCAGACCCUAGGGGAACCGUGGUCGGGCUUCCGCAGAGGGCGGGCAGGGAGUCAGGGCAGGGCGGGGAAGCGGAGCCACGGGGGCAGCUUCCCCAGAGACCUGCGUCUGGCUGGGCGGGGCAGCCACGUGGCGAGGGCUGUGACGGUCUCCCCAACAAGCCCCCCCGGUUGUGCCGGGGCUCGAAACAGGCCUGGGGUGCUGUUUUCUCUUGGGAUGACGAGCCAAGUUAACUGUCAGGAACUUAAGCAGUUUUUAAGGGUACUCUUCAGAAUUCAGGAAUUAUAUUAUAGGAAAUAAUGGAAAUUAAUUUUAUUGGCAAGCAACUUUAAGUCAGUUCUGGUAAAUUUUACAUUUUUGGGCUUCAGGUGGCUUUUUGGGGAGAUGGGGAGGAUUUGUAGCCAACCCCCAGCCCCACCCCAACCUGAGCAGUCUGGUGCUGGCCCCUCGAGGCCCGUGUGCAUGAGGCCUGGGUCUGGGGCUGCAGAACCGGCUCCCAAGCCUAUCCCCACCCCCUGGGGGGGCGGUGCUCGCCUGAGUCAGGCCCGCCCUGGACGGUGACCCUCUGUGGGCCCCGACACUGAUGGCUGAUUGUUCGGUCUCUGUUCCCUGCUUCUCUCCAGACAGUUUCUGCUGUUUCCCCCAUUCGUGGCUCAUCUGCCGUAGAGAUGGCGCAUUUUCCAUCUCACACGCUGGAGCUCACAACCUUACAGACUCCAUCUGGGGUGCUGCUGUGACUCCCAUGUCUCAGACCCCGUGGGAGGCAGUUAUAUGUGGUGCUCAUGCGCUGGGGCAGGACUGGCUCAGUUCCAGACGACCGGUCGCUUGUCACACGCGUCUUACUUUCCUGUUUCUUGGCGCCGUGAUGGUUCUCGGUGGGUGCCAGGGACCAUUACCUUUUGGGAUGCUGAAGUUUUCUCUGUUCUUAUCAGUGUUCCUGAAAUGUGUUCAGAGAUGCGGUUAUUUUAGAAGUUUGAUCUCUGCGCCUUGGCUGGGGCUCAGGACCAGCCUUGAGCCCACCUCCUUCCCCUGUGGCCUCACCUGUGCCGCCGGAGGCGGAGCCUUCUGCUCAGCGGCCACAGGCAUACCCUGUAACCGUGGGCGCUUCCCCGGGCAGGGUUUGGCUCCCGUCCAACCUCACAGCUCUCCCCACCUGCGUGCUGACUGGACCCAGCUGUACCCUCGCGGGGCUGUGGGGCUUCUGCAGAUCUCUGGGUCCUGUCCUCUUUGGGACUCUCUUCCGUGAGUUCUUUCCCGGAGAGACAAAGAGAGUCUCUCAUCUCUGUUUGCUCACCCGGGGCGACUGCCAGGCUCUGCCUGGGUCCCCUCCCGGCACAGCGCUCGGUCACUGCCCAGGCGAUUGGUGGGGAUCCCGCCCCUCAGGGUCCUGGGCCUUGCUGCCUGACGCCCAGUGUUUGGCAAACCUUGCCCCAUGUGAGAGGGCACACCUAAUUCCUGUCACUUCACCUCAAUACAAAAAUGUGUUCUGUGA